AUGAAAUUUCCGAAGCAUGGGUUUUAAAUUCGAAUACGAGAUUCGCAGCAGUGAAAGUAGUACUCUGCAAUGACUACUUCGACACUUUUCGGAAUAACCACUCCGGAAAUCUUACCGCGGUACCGCGUCAGGUUCACCCACAUGGGCGUUAGCCGGGAGCAAGGGAAGUUGAGCGGAUUGCCAUCGACGACCGGGGGUAUUAUGGCAACGACAGAUCGACUGCGGAGAUGCAACACACUGUUUACAGCGGCACAUGGUUUACGGCAGCCGCAGUGAAGGAGAAUGGGGAAGAAUAGGUCAGGUGGUAAAAACGAACUGAAAGGCAUUUUUGUCUUUUUAAUUUUGCUACGGGGUUGCUGGUUGCAAUUAAGGUGGUGCAGGACGCAAAAGUCCUAAGUAAUGGUUCGGGUUUUUGGGCCGAGAAAACUAGAAGAAAAAAACCGUUGAUUAUUCGGGUCAUGCCGGACGCAGUCGGAUUGGAAGUUUCAUAAACGGUGACCGGAAAGCAGAAGAAGCAGAAGAUGGAGCAGAAAAAUUGGAACCUUCUGGACGAAUCGCUGGGGCUUCACAUUAAUGACGACGCGAAGCCAUGGCCUCUGUGUGGUCGCUUCGUGCUUGUGGAGGACUGUGUUGACACAAGCGCCGCUUUCGUUCUUCACCACAUCCUCAAACGCUCCUUCUCUUCUCACCCUUCUUCCGCCGUUCUCUUCCUCGCUUUUUCUCAUCCUUUCUCCCACUACGAUCGCGUCCUCCGAAAGCUCGGUUGCAACUUAACUGCUCAAAGAGAUAAUGGCAGAUUCUUUUUCCUUCCUAUGCUUAUGUUUCAGUGUCCAGGGGAAGGAAAACCCAAUCAUGAUGGGCUUGCUUCUGUGUUUGAGCAAAUUGAAAGAGUGAUCACUGUGUUACAUCAAGACAAGAAAUCCAUCUCUAUCAUUAUAGAUGAUAUAUCUUUUCUUGAAGUUGCUGCUAAUGGUUCUUCAGAUGAUGUUUUAAACUUGCUGCAUUAUUGCCAUACGUUAACAUCAGAAUAUGGUUGUGCAUUGAUUGCACUUGAUCAUAAAGAUAUUUAUUUGAAUGGAGACAGGACUGCUGUUAUCUUAGAGAUGGAGUACCGUGCUGACAUUUUGGUCAAGGCUGAACCAUUGGCCACUGGUUUAGCAAAAGAUGUGCAUGGUCAGGUUCAUCUUAAAAUAUAGCAGAGCACUUGUUACAGAGUUGAUCUGCAGACCCAUAAACGCAAUGACAUUUUCUUCUAUAUCAUGUUUUGACCCACAAUUCAUUUUCCCCAGCUUCUCAUUUUAGUACCUCCAAAGUUUCAAAUAAGGCAUUCUGAUCUUUAUUGAUUAAAUGUAAAAGAGAUAACUACCAUUAUUGUUUAUCUCCCCUUUGUUGAAUUUUGUUGUAUAAGUGACACUGCAACUGCUAAUAGAUCAUGCUACUGUUUGCGUUGAUUCCUUUGGAUUUCUCUUAGAUGAUGAUUUAAUAUAAAAACUUAUCUGUAACUUCUGAUUAAAUCAUAUAUCCACCGU